CCUAUAAAACGGGCGGCGCCGACGGGCGGCUCCUCAUGGAGCGUUGCGCGCCGCCGCCGCUUGUCGCGACACCCUUCUGUUGCUGUCGUCUCCUCUGACGCUACCGCCGCUACCGGGAUUACCAAUGCGCGCCGUCGCGUUGCUCGUCGCGCUGGCCGUGCUCGCAGCCCGCCUCGCCGCCGCCUCGUCGCCCAACGGCACCCAGCCCGGCCCGCGGGAGGCUGAGGCCCGCCAGGGGGAGGCUGUGUCCGGCCCCGACUACGAGGAGGAGGAGGACGACGAGGAGGCGCUGCCUGUCCACCAGUACAUCGUGGAUGACUUGAUCCGAGUUGAACCUGUGGUUAAGCCCAAGACAACAAAGAGAGGGGGUGAGAAGAAUGCUGGCAAAUUGAGAAGGAAGAAGAACAAAGGGAAGAACAAAAAGAAAGGGACUCCCUGUGAAAUGGAAUACAAAAACUUUUGCAUCCAUGGUGAAUGUGUAUACCUAGAACAUCUCCAGAUGGUGACCUGCAAGUGUCAUCAGGAUUUUUUUGGUGAGCGCUGUGGUGAACAGUUCAUGAAGACUCAAAGGAAGAAUGAUGUGGCAGACUACUCCAAGACCGUGUUGGUAGUGGUAGCUGUCCUGCUCUCAAGCAUCAGCUUCAUUACUGUACUUAUCGUUGUGAUAGUGCAGGUCAGGAAAAAGUGUCCGCAGUAUGAAGAGAAAGAAGAAAGGAAAAAACUUCGGCAAGAAAACAGAAAUGGACAUGUUGGUGUGUAA